UCAAUAUCCCGAACAACACCCUACCUGUCUCUCAAAAUGGGUCUCAAGACGUUUUUCGGUGCCGCUUUCAUCGCGUUUGGUCCUCCGAUCAUUCUUUUCGCGUUCACAAUACUCAGAAGACCUCAGGACGUGCUGGUGUUUCUAUCAAGUGCCUUUUUCUGGCUGCUUUCGCUCCUAUUCUCGGGCUGUGUGUGGAGAGUUAUUGCGGUGAAUAACACGAGUCCGGGAUCGGAUGCGGCGCUGUAUCAAUUGGCGCUGGGCGCUCUGUUUGCCGUCGCGUUUCAGGAGUUUUUUCGUUAUGUGUUCUAUAAGCUGCUGAGACGAACAGAGAAAGAUCUCUUAACUCUGAUUGGUGAUUCGUCGAAACUGACUCGUCAUAGACUUGCUUAUGUCUCAGGCAUGGGUUAUGGUGCAAUGAGUGGUGCAUUUGCGUUUGGCAACGUCCUAGCCGACUCCCUUGGUCCUGGGAUUGUGUCUAAUAUUGACCAAUUUGGUGGUGAAUUUCACGUGAAGGAGGAAUUCUUUCUCGUUUCGGCUUUUUCUGCAUUGUGUUUCAUCUUUCUGAACGUAACAUGGGGUGUCAUCUGGUUUGCCGGAUUGGACAAGUCGAUGAUGACUCAUCUCGCUGUUGUCAUAGUUACUCACUAUUUUUCAUCGUUUAUAACACUUGCGAACUACCAUGGUGGUAUGCCAGCCGCGGCUCUCGUUCCUAACUACAUCUUGCUCGUGUGCCUUACAGUCUAUGCGUAUAAGGCAGCAGGUGGAAAGCUCUCCAACUUGUCAUUGCUGUUUACUUGAUGGAGGUGGACAGCAGCUUGGGGUUAGAAGUAAGAACCGAUUGAAGUAAGAACUGAUUGAGUGGAUUUGACUGUGUGCCCUGUGUAAAGUAGUAGUCAUGGUUGUGACAUGUUUUUGAUAUUAGUUGGUGUGAGAUUGUUUUGGAAUUAUGUGUAUAUGGACAAAGGUUGAACGUGUUAUAUGAUUAUUGAUUGACUAAUGGUAUACCCGCUACAACUUGUAGUGAGUGUUUCAGAUAGUAGUUAUUGUGGUCCAUGAAACAUGGCAGAAACUUGGCUGGUGUUUGUGGCAGUUGAGGUGUAGACUGGUAGAGAAACGUUUGAGUGAGUUUGAGCCAUUGGAGUUGCUUUGUGUGUUUGUUUGUUUGUUUGUUUGUUUGUUUGUUUGUUUGUUUGUGUG